AUGCAGAUCCCUGCACGAGCUCUUGGAACAUACGGAUACUCGGUGCGUCCCCACGCAACACUCCACCAGGACUAUGCGGGCAGUGUGUGCUCGGCCUCUCUUAAACCAAGUGUGACGAAGUCUUUCACCAUCGAUGCACUGCUCGCAAAACCUGACCACAAUGGAAGCAACAGAACAAGUCCGCUGAGAGACGGAGUGAAUUAUACAUCAAUGCCGACCUCUGUGCUACCGCUCACCGGACAAAUGUGCUCUCCGUUGCCACACUACCUCUAUGGUCAAAGUAUUAUGCACGCACAGACCGGGUAUCCAGUCUACUGCUGCCCACCUUACGCCUACCCCACACAGUGCCGUGGAACUCUUUACGCUCAAGAUGCCGUCCUGUCGAAAGCCGGCGUUCACUCUCACUACAAACACAAAACUGGAAAAUCUAAGCGGAUGCGCACUAGCUUCACCAACGAGCAGCUAUCAAGGCUCGAGAAGGAAUUUGCUCGCCAGCAAUACAUGGUCGGCUCCGAGCGCUUCCUCCUGGCAUCCGCUCUACAGCUCACCGAGGCGCAGGUUAAAGUCUGGUUCCAGAAUCGACGCAUAAAAUGGCGAAAACAGAGUCUUGAGCAGCAACAGGCUAAACUAGCCAAGCUUGGGCUUGCAGCACCACCACCAAAGAGUCCUGGAUCUCAGGGUUGCGAAGACGAGGUCAACGAGGAUGAAGAAAUCGAUUUCACUGAAGAGUCGGAUAUAGAUAUCGAUGAUUCACGACAAGACUGA